AUGGCCAAGGCAGUCGACGACACCAGCACCAGCACCAGCACCAGCACCAUCUCCACUACCAGCCUCAUAGUCUGCAUUGCACCCUCCUCCAGUGGUGCUAUACCUGUCAUACCUCAAUACCCAGACAGAGCUGGCUCUGGAAAUCCUCCACCUACCAACCACGGUAGAGACUCUGGACGGUGGCACGCGCAUACCUAA